ACGGCGGUUCUCACCUGGGCCGGGGGACUCCUGGAGGAGGAGCGCCGGGCUGGCGGGACCAGUCGAGUCCCCGCGUCCGCUCCCGCCCUGCCGCCCAGUUCCGAGACUCUCACCCCCACUCCGCCGCCCCGCCCGCUCGCGGGUGGGUGGGCGCUUCCCUCCGCUCCCCGUGACACUUUGCAGACGCUCCCCGGCGCCGGGCAUGGGCGCCGCCGCCACCAUCGGUCCCCGGCCCGGAUUCCGCGCGCGGUGCCCCUGAGGCGCUCAGCUGCCAGGUCCGCAGGAAGCAGAGCCAUGAAUGACCGAAACAGCCGGAGGCGGACAAUGAAGAAGGAUGAUGAGGCCUUCGAGAUCUCCAUCCCCUUCGAUGAGGCGCCCCACCUAGACUCACAGAUCUUUUACAGUCUGAGCCCCUCUCGGAGAAACUUCGAGGAGCCUCCAGAAGCUGCAUCCCCCACCCUAGCCCUAAUGAACAGCGUCAAGGCCCAGCUACACAUGGCCCUGGAGAGGAACUCCUGGUUGCAGAAGCGAAUAGAGGACCUGGAGGAAGAGAGGGACUUCUUGCGGUGUCAGCUGGACAAAUUCAUCUCUUCUGCCCGGAUGGAUGCAGAGGACCACUGCCGGGUGAAGCCCGGGCCCCGGCGAGUGGAGGGGGACAGCCGGGGAGGGGCUGGGGGCGAGGCCUCCGACCUGGAGUCAGCAGCCUCCUCCCUCAGCGGAGCGUCCGAAGAAGGCAGCGCCAGCGAGAGGCGGCGGCAGAGGCAGAAGGGAAGCGCGGGCCGAAGGCGCCUGGGGAAGCCCAAGGCCCGGGAGAGGCAGCGGGUGAAGGACGCGGACGGGGUUCUCUGCCGCUACAAGAAGAUCCUGGGCACCUUCCAGAAGCUGAAAAGCAUGUCGCGGGCCUUCGAGCACCACCGCGUGGACCGCAACACGGUGGCGCUGACCACGCCCAUCGCCGAGCUGCUCAUCGUGGCCCCAGAGAAGCUGGCCGAGGUGGGAGAGUUCGACCCCUCCAAAGAGCGCCUGCUCGAGUACUCCCGCCGCUGCUUCCUGGCCCUGGACGACGAGACGCUCAAGAAGGUGCAGGCGCUCAAGAAGAGCAAGCUGCUGCUCCCCAUCACCUACCGCUUCAAGCGGUGAUGCCGGCCCGGGUGCACGAGCCGGGCGCUCCGCAAGGGGCCUCCACGGGCGGGCGGCGUCUCUGCGCGCGCUCUUCCUCCUCCCGCAGGCCCCCACUCCCACCCCGGGGCCCCUUGUAUAUAGACCUGUCCCCUCUCCCCCGCCGUCCCAGCAUCCUCCUCAUUCCCCGGUGGGAGGGGUCCCCCUCGGCCAGGCUCCCCAGAGCCGCCUCCCCUUCCUAAACACGGCGUUCGCCGCCACGCGGGCCGCGCCAGCCCUGCCCUCGCCGGGCCCCUCGCUCCCGGGAACGCCGGCUGGCUGGGUGCCCCUCUCUCCGGGGGACGCGGGGGAGUCUGUGUAUGCCCCGGGUCCCGGGAGAGGCUGGCCCGCCUGUUCCCCAGCCAGGAGCUGCCCACCCACAUUCCCGGACAGACCACUCUCAUUCCACGUGAGACAGAGAAUUAUUCAGAGAAUUUAAAUUAAAAGAGACGUAAAAAUUUGG